AUGCAGUUCAAGUUUUCUCUUCAACCGAUCAUUAAUAUUCUCUAUAUCUUCCUUGGAAUUAUUCUCCCACCAUGCUUCUGUUGCACAGGUGAGUAUAAAUCCCUUUUUAAAUUUCUUGUGUUUUAUCUUUCUGGCGUCGUUUCCUCAAAACCGUUACAUGAACUACAUAUGCUACCUGCUGAUCAAAGCAAAUAAUCUUCAAGCAGGCAAUUUUUUAUCCAACCCAAAAUGUCUUCUAUUAUGAAAUAGAAGAUACAAAAAAAGUCAAAUUUCAAAAAGAUCCCACCAACUGCGCAUCAAUGUUUCAAAAUGACGAAUUUAAACAAACGAUUCACAGAUAUCGUGGUGUGGUAAUGAGCCCUGUGAAAAUAUUCUUGAUACUGAUUAUUUUUAAUAUUUCUUUGCGCUCAUCAAUUCACAAUCAAAGAUUAAAUUUUGUUAAUGAAAGCCUCCCUGUUGAGUUGAAUUUUCAAGAGAUGACAAUCACCUUUACGGCAAAUUCGUCAGGGUUCUCGUGCAGUAAAGUUUUGAAAGAAAGUGUUGUAAUGUGCCUUUUUCAUCAAUGAAAAUAAAAAAUUACUUCGAGUGAGUGGAAACUAAACGAUAUAUUUGUUUGCCUACCACAGACGACGACUAUCGAAACAUCAUAUUCAAGGACCCAAUACCAAACAUGACCAUGAAAAAUCACACCAUCAUAAGCGUAGAGGUGCCCAACGAAGGAAGUUGCAGAGUAAUGUGUUAUAUGGAGCCUAAUUGUGUGUCCAUCAAUAUUGGACCUGUUGUAGGAAGAAACCAAAAAUGCGAGUUGAAUAACGCUACAGAGGAAAACCAUGCUCCAUUUCUUCUCGUGAAAAAUCCGGGUUACACAUAUCUUGCAAUUGAGGUA